UUCAGCCAGCAACCAGAAACACAGAGGACCUGGUGGAUCAGAUCCAGGGGUAGAUUGUUGUUACUUUAUAGGGUUUUUAUUUUAAUAAAAAAAACAUGGCGUUAUCUAGAAAUAGAAUACACAUUCAUUUAAUUAGUCAGCUAUUGUGUUUGCACCACCAGCUGAUCGCUUGCCUGGUUCCUAGCCUUUAUUAAAGGGCUGUUGGUGCUGUUUUGUGGAGGGGGGACCCUCGUCUUACAGGCAUACUGCAACGCUGUGACGCAAUUCACACUCUCCUGCUGCAACACAAUAAAAUAUGAAUCACCACACAGCCGACGGAGGGAUCUUUAGGUGUAAAUACCAUUUAAAUUGUGAGGAGGGGGUGUGGCGCUGACCAUCUCCCAUUCACUUAAAAAAAAAAAAAAAAAAAAAUAAUACACGCCCAGAGAGCUCGUGCAUUCGGUGCUGGGGGAUCGGGUUUGAUCGCGGUGGCGCUGUCUGCUGUCGGACUGUCUCUGAGCUCACAGGCCAGCCAGCCCAUCGGCAGCCCGCCGUGCCUCCGUCCCUCCUCAGGCUCCGGAGGCUGCGAAUCAAACCGCGCUCCACGGAAGGAAGGGAUCCUGAUCGCCGCAGAUUCAAAGCCUGGAUGCAGAGCGAACCAGUGGCCUGCACAUGAAGAUGCGAUAACUAAGGUGAGAUUAAAGGCAUGUUAGCACCAUGACUCAUGGCUGUGGUGUUCAGUGUGUCAGUGCCGGCUGUGUUGCAAGAGGAGAUUGAAUGCCUCUAAAAUCUCAAGGUUGUGAGCCCUGUGCAGGGUGGUGAUGAGCAGUCAGGGCAGCAGCAGCAGGGGAAGUGGGCAGCAUGCUGACACUCCUCCCCCUCGCCACGCCCCUGGACCCAAGCUGCAGGUGCAGCGCUCCCUCUCUCGUGACACCAUCACCAUCCACUUCUCUGCUCUGGGGAAGGAGGAAGACGACGAGGAAGAGGAGCUCUACGGGGUACCUGUUGAAUCUGCUGGAGAUAAAUCUGGGCUUGAUGGUGCAGGGGGAAUUCAAGGUCCAGAAGAGUCAAGGGCCGAGGAGCAGUCUGUUGCCACUGCCUUGGAGGCAAAAGAAGAACUGCUGUUUGAAUCUGCUGGUGUGGAGACAUCCUCAGGAGCUGCUGUGCUCCCUGUUUCCUCCGUCUCUGUGGACCCUUCAGACCCUCAUCCACAUACAUCCUCUCCAGCCAUGACUAUUAUCCCCACCUCGACCCCUUCCCACCUGAGCUCUAACCCUCCUGCUAGCUCCUCCUGGCCCUCUGACCGACCCUCAGCCAAUCCCCCUUCCACAAGCUCUGGUUCCUCCUCCCCCGGCAAGUCUGCAGUGCUGUCCUCCUCCAAACCUUUCCUCAGCAUGGUCAGAUCCUUGUCAAAUGAUGUUGAGUCUCGAGAACCCACUCCUGCGCCUACCACCGUUGCGCCAUCGCACGCACGCCACCGUCACUUAAUGAAAUCUUUUGUGAAGUCUCUUUCCACCGACACUUCAAAGGCUGAACAUCAAGAAGGGCCUCUUCAUCACUACCUUCAUCAGCAGCAGCAAGUACAGCCAUCCCAGCGGCCUCCACCUCGCAACAUGCAGCUCUUCAAACAGUUCUCCCAGCCUCGAUUAUCCUCCUGCCCUGUCAUUGUCACUCAUGCAGGUGGAGACUCCAAAACAGCCCCCUCUUCCCCCAUCAUGUCCCCAGAUGGUAGGUCAUUCUUCAAGGUCCAAGAGGUGGAGGCCAGGAUAGAAGAUACCAAGCGGCGGCUGUCAGAGGUAAUGUCAGACCCCCUGCAGCUUUUUAGCAAGAUCAUGGGGGAUGAGUCUGGCAUGGGAGCUGUUGGAAGUGCCACUCAUCGUGCCAAAUCACUGUCCUCCAGUGCGUCAGAGCUCAGUGGAGUGACAGCAGUAAAUGGACACACAGAAGGUAACAACAACUAUAGCAUCAAGGAGGAGGAAGGGGCAGAAGGGGAAGAAGAGGAGGAAACCCCCACGGGCAAGGGCCCUGACUCUGUUUUCUUCUCCUUCCCAUCAUUGGCACCAGUCCCAGCCCUCGCCCAGGCCUCCUCAUCCACUUUCCCCAAGUCUCCUUCUAUCACUCUGGGACGCUGCUCUAUGUCGGCCCUGGUAGCUCGACAGGAAGACGAGGACUUCUGUGAACUGUACAGUGAAGACUUUGAGUUAUGUACCGAUACAGAAACACCAGAUGGGGAUCGACCUGGGUCCCGGCCGCCCCAUACUGGAAGCACUGGGUUGUGUAGUGAACUUGACACAGAAGAAGAGGAGAAAAUGGAGGAGGAGUUGGAGGCUGUGCCUGUGACUGGCCUCAUCUUGCUGGCACAGUUGGUGUACUGGUAUUUAAUCCUUCCAGUGCCACCCUAUGUAUGUGUGGUGGUGCAUGGGAUAGUAGUUGGGUUCAUGUUGGCCUUGCUGGUCCUUUGGCUGUCAUCUCCUCGACGCUCUUCGUUGGAGACAAGAAGAGGGAGGCGAAGGGUAGAGCAGUGGAAUGUGUCUCAGCUGGAUAUCAAAGAACCAGGAAUCUUCAAGGGCUGGAUGAAUGAGAUCCACAACUACGACCCAGAGAUGUACCACGCUACCCUGACCCACUCUGUUUACGUUCGCCUAGAGGGCUCCGUCCUGCGCCUGUCGAAGCCUAACCGCAACAUCUCCCGCCGUGCCACACACAACGAGCCUAAACCUGACGUCACUUACAUCAGCCAGAAGAUCUAUGACCUGACUGACAGCAAGAUUCAACUGGUGCCGCAAAGCUUGGCUAGGAAGAGAGUUUGGAACAAGAAGUACCCCAUUUGCGUUGAGCUGGCCAAGCAGGAGGACUUCAUGUCCAAGGCCCAGGGAGAGAAGACUGAAGCUGGGGAGGACAAGUUAGCAGGGCUGGGCGAGAAGCUAGAACGAACGGACAAAUGCGAGAAAGUUGAAGUAUCAGGAUCAUCAGAGGAACCCAAAAGACCAACCUCUGGAGGGGGGGACCUGACAAUCUACCUGUUUGGGAGGACAGGUCGGGAAAAGGAAGAAUGGUUCCGGAGAUUUCUUCUGGCGUCCCGAAUGAAGUCAGAGGCGAGAGGUAGCAGUCUGUCUGGCGUCUGCAAGAGUGCCUUCUUGCCCUCCCACAGCCGCAGUAGCAGCACGCAAUCUGGUGGAGGCCUGGAGGCUGACAGCAGGAGCAGCAGCCGGGGGAGCCUGGAGGAGCUGUCUCAGUCUCGCCACCGAGAGACCUCCUCAGCUCUCUCCUGUGCCUCUGGUGGAGGGAUGAAGCAGAAGAUGCUGUUGGACUAUAAUGUCUACAUGGCUAAAUACGUCAACCCCCAGGCACCACCGAGAAGCCCAACUGCCACUGAGAGCCCCGGGCACAGCCCCGAGAGCAGCCCCAAAACUACCAAAAAGAUACGCAGGAGUUCAGAGGAGACCAUGGAGCCCGAGGCCUGGGUCAAUGCUUUUCUUGGAAGGAUAUUCUGGGAUUUUCUGGGAGAGAAGUAUUGGGCCAAUGUGGUCUCCAAAAAGAUCCAAAUGAAGCUCAGUAAGAUCAGGCUGCCAUAUGUAAUGAAUGAGCUGACUUUGACAGAGCUAGACAUGGGCUUUUCCAUUCCCAAGAUCCUACAUGCCUCACCACCCUCCGUGGACCACCAAGGUCUGUGGUUUGAUCUGGAGAUCUCCUACUCGGGCUCCUUCCUCAUGACACUAGAGACCAAGAUGAACCUGGCCCGUCUGGGGAAGGAGGGUGAGGGGCUCGGGGAGCAUGGAAAAGAGUGGCCCAGGCCACGGACAUACUGUCUGGCAGACAGCGAUGAGGAGUCGUCUAGUGCUGGCUCAUCGGAUGAAGAGGAUCCCCCAGAACUACUCAGCGAUAAAGCCGUUCUUCCUGGAGCCGAGGGCUAUGUGGGAGGCCACAGGCCCAGCAAGAUCAUGCGCUUUGUGGACAAGAUAGCCAAGUCAAAGUACUUUCAGAAAGCCACGGAGACGGAGUUCAUUAAGAAGAAGAUGGAGGAGGUAUCCAACACGCCCCUGCUGCUCACUGUGGAGGUGCAAGAGUGCCGUGGGACGCUGGCUGUCAAUAUCCCACCUCCCCCCACGGAUAGGAUAUGGUAUGGUUUCCGGAGCCCGCCUCACAUAGAGCUGAAAGCACGGCCUAAACUGGGUGAGAGGGAGGUCACUUUAGUUCAUGUGACAGACUGGAUUGAGAAGAAACUGGACCAGGAGUUCCAGAAAAUAUUUGUGAUGCCAAACAUGGAUGAUGUAUGGCUACCCAUAAUGCACUCUGCCAUGGACACACGGUCAAAUGCCAACUUGGUUACUGUGACAAAUGAUGCCUUGAAGGACCCAGAACCCGAGGAGUCUGAGGCCUCGGACAUGUGAAGACUGAUGUUCAAAGUGUGUAACAAGACAUUUUAUCACCAUGGCAAUAUGGCAAGUACCCCCCCUCCCUCCCCUCGGACACCCACGGGUGCAGCAACGGGCCGGGCCCACUCUUUAAUAUUUUUAUCCAUGUUCCGGUCCCAUUGUUGCACCGGUCUGUGGCCACUCACAAAACUGGAAGUAUUGGGGAAGCUUGUGAUUAUCCGUGGCGACUGAAAGCAGGAGAAACGAAAUGAGAAUUGUGACUCAUAGAUUGUAACCCAAUCAAACAUUAUGAUUCAUUCUCUGAUGAAACAAAACACAUGGGGCAUGUCGAGACCGUUUAACAAAUGUGCGUGGAUCGACGAAUAGCCAUCAGAUUCAACCAGAAGAACCAUAAUACCUGUGAUGUACAGCUGCACCGAACAUGAUAGCUGUACAGUGUAAACAACCUUUCUAAUCGAGCAGUUUAUUGUUUGCCAUAACUCUGCGAGAACUUUGAGGCCACUGAUAAAGAGUGUGUAUGUGUGUGUCUGAGUGGGCAAAUGUUUGAGGGAGAAAAUUUGGAGAUGAUUUUGCUGAAAGCCCCUGCAUUCAUCAAUACACAUUUAUGGGGAAAUCAAGACUCAUUUACCACGCAUCCACACUGCUGCCUGUGCCAGCCGCCUGGCACUUAUAUGCAAACAGAUCAAUGGCUCUGUGUCCAUCGAAGAUACUGGGUCAGUUUAAAUCUAAGGUGGACACUAUCAUAACAUACAGCCUGUGUGCUUUAAACCGUGUGGUAGGGAUUAGAGCUAAAACUGACUUUUAGGGUGGUGAGUUAAAGCAUAUCUGCAAACACAGCAGCUGAACAUUGCCUAGGUCUGAUGAAUGUAUAAAUAGGAAUGCGGCUCCCUAGCUGUGCGAGGAAUAGCUCAUUCACUUACGACGUGCUUCUACGCAAAACAUGCUCCAAGACUUCCUUUCAUUUUAUAUUCAGUUGAGCAAAAGUAAUAAUUUUGUUUUUUUUAUUGCCUAAGCAAUCUUUCAGUCCUUGUUGACGGCUACUGUAUGAGGUAAAUGGUGAUAAAUAAGAAAUUGGUCCAUUAUCUUGUGCUCCAAUUGAGGCCACUGCAGUGAUGUACAACCUGUUUGGGUAACUGUAGCUGGAAAUUCAUUAGACAGAGAUAUAAUCUGCAGGGAGUGAUUUUUCUGUUUUGUUGCAGGGGCAGGAGACUGAACCCCUGUUGUUAACAUGGUUUUAUUUGAAUAAAUAACAUACUGGAUAUUAGCCAUAUUAUUUAACGUUGUCAGCAGACAUCCAGCUUAUGAAUGCUCUUUUUUCUGUUGAAUUAUUUAUUGAUUUGAUGUUUUUUUUUUCAGUACCGAAUAACACCAAUAAACUUAGAACAGUAACUUUCGAAUCUGCCAAGACAUCCGGCUGCUUUAUAGGUGACUAUUAUUUUACAUGUUUUAUGUUCAAAUGUGUGUGUUGGCAAAGUGUAUGAGGCAGAAAGUGCCUUUAAAAUAAUCAAACAUUCCUCCAUAGUGAGCCACCACAUUUGUUGCAUCAGUUGAGGAUAGAGAGAAAAAUGUCUUUGUGCCAUUACGGUGUCUGUCAAGACAUGCCCUUUGUUUUCACAGGUUUUGGUGUUGUUCAUUUGCACAGUGAUGAAAAUAUGAAAACAUUGCUGUUGUGUUCAGUGAUGUCACAGAAUGUUCUGGUUCUGAUCGUUGUGGAUCAAUAAAACCUUCUGCUUGGAAA